AUGUCAGGAAGAAAAGUACCAGUGACAAUCCUUUCAGGUCAACUUGGAAGUGGCAAAUCGACUUUAUUACGGCGAAUUUUAAAAAACCAAUCGAAUUUCAAAUUUGCAGUCAUCAUGAAUGAAUUUGCUCAAACUGCUGAUAUCGAAGGCAAGACGAUUCAACUGACUGUUGCUAAUGAAGGAACAGAGUUUCAGGAAUGGUUAGAACUUGAUAACGGAUGUUUGUGUUGUAGCGCCCAAGAUCACGGUGUACGAGCUAUCGAAUCAUUAAUGCAAAGACGUGGAAGCUUUGAACUUUGGUUACGUAUAUUGGUUUUUUGGAAUAAAACAGGUGUGGCGGAUCCAUCACAAAUAGCUACACUUUUUUGGUUAGAUUCGGCUCUUGAGUCUGUACUUUAUUUAGAUGGGAUUCUUAUCACAGUGGAUAGUCUUAACUUAGAAAUGGUAAGCCUCUUUCAUUGCUUUGAUUUUCUCUUUAUAUCAUUAUUCUUUCCAAAACGCAAAUAA